UCGGAAGAGUCAGCGUUCUGGUUCUUCGUUUCCAUUUUCUUUUCCUCCACCGCUCCACGAUAUCCGGCAGCUUUGAUCUAGACGGCUUACGGCGGCUUCCAGUAAUUCGUGGCUCGGUCACUUUUCCAGUUCGAUCAGCUAUCCGUUUUUCAAAGCGUUAUCUACAGCUUCCACCAUUGAUGGCAGAGAAGGGCUGCUCGGCAUCGGGGUGGGAUGCAGAGGCAGAGGAGCUCUAUGGGGCCGAGUCCGGAUGGGUGGAAGCUCGAACAUCGUGUGAUCAUUUGCCUUCGUUGUCUUCUGACCUCUCUCACAUCCCUGUCCCCGAUUCUCCUUGCACCAGAUGCCACCACCCUGCUGAAAACUGGCUGUGUUUAAGCUGUAAGGAUGUUCUAUGUUGCCGCUUUAUCAACAAACACAUGCUCAGUCAUCAUCAAGAAACAGGGCACUGCCUAGCUCUCAGCUUCAGUGAUCUGUCAGUAUGGUGUUUUGCUUGUGAAGCAUAUCUUGAUGUUCAGAUGAUUUGGCAGUUGCGACCUGUUUAUGAAGUUGCCCAUCUGUUAAAAUUUGGACAGAGCCCACCUUUUCGUGCCCUUGAAAGCCUGCAGUUAAGCACUCAAAGUGAAAGUUCCUCCUCAAGAUCUUAAUUUUCCGGUAUGUAGCUGCCACGGCUCCUGUUGAGGUGAAGAGAAAAGUGGGUUCCAUCCAUGUCUUCAUCCGUCUUCCGUUAAAACAGGGAUUUAUGGUGUUUUUAUUCCAGAACUAUACCAGACUGUGGGGUGACAGAAAGAUGUUAGAAAUAGCAGACAAUUUGAGUUCUGUUCGAACGGAGAUGCCAGCAACUGAACUCUAGAUUUGUUUCUUCUUUUCUUGUGUUUUUGCUUUGUCGGUGACGGUAAAUUGAUAGUGCAACCCUUAAACGAGUGAAGCCACUAGUUUCAUUCCCCAUGUUUGAAUUGAAAUUUCUUCCUGAGACGAUUGCCCUGCGGAAGGACUACUGGAGCUCAUAUUUCUCUAGUAUAUGCUUAUCAGCCUUUCAGCUAAUUGGUUACAAGUUGGCCAAUUGUUUGUCUUUUGUCCUCUCAGUUUGCAAUCAAUCUUUUGAGGUGCCUAUAUUUGAUGGCUAAAACGGUGGUUCCAUCGUACCCUGAUACUUUUUCUUGCUGGUUGCCCUUUUUCCCCUUGGCUUGGUUUAUACUGCUUCAUCUAACUCCUGGCUAAUUGUAAUACAAGAUUCUUGAGAGGUUGCAUGUUUGCCUGGCCACCAUAUCGUUCCGAUUCUGUGCUUUAUUCUGCCUCCCCUCCCCAAUCAACCCAGAAAUUGUGAUAUAUUUGACACCAUUGAAUGUGAUUAGAAUAUGAUAAAAAGCAUCAUUCAGCCUGUGGGGUUUGUUUGGGUGCAUUCCGGUUCAUAAUUAAAUUAAUGGUUUAACAUUUUAAGAUCCGGUAGUGUACUUGGUUUCAUAACUUCAAAUGAAUCGAUUCGAUUAAAUCUCAUAAUCACUGAGUCAAAAUAUUCUGUUACCCAAUCAAAUCAAUCCAGAGCAGAGCCAAACUCUGUAAUAAAUUACCAGUUUAUUCGUUCAUAGCAUGGUCAUACAACUACUAUUCGUCUUUUUUCUGGUAAUCAUCCAACCAUAAGAGUUCAGGACACAAACAUCAGUACAAUAAUAAGAAAGCCAAACAAGGGAAGACACACACAUGUAUAA